AUGCAAAUGCUAGAAGAUUCACACUAAACGUGUCUACGUGUGUCUAUAGGUGUCACUGUCUAUGUAUGGCGUGGCUCAGAGCUUUGCCAGGGUCUGGCACAAUCCCGGAAGCUAUGUGUCUGCUACACUGCCAUAUGGUCAGGACCUUUCAGUUCCCCACCCAAAUCUACAGCCAAUUUCUUAUCCGGAGGACUACAGUUGCCGAUUGCAAGCCCUUGCAGGGACGCGGCAUUCGCAUUGGAUCUACCCUCAAACACCUUUUUCGGAACGUGCCUUUCGACGCCGUGCAAAUCAAAGGUCGCUGAAUGCACCCCUGGUCUACCCGCGGCGACAUGCAUAAUGGCAUACGUACAGGCUGUUCCUGCCCUGCACGAACAGUUCCGGAUCCGCUACAUUUUGCCCCGCAGUUUGCUCACUUGUGACGUUAAGAUUCGCCCGUGUAUGCACUCCUAGAAUUUGGGUAUCCAGGUUCGCAUCGUUGAACUCCUGCUAACGUUUGGGACAUC